CCUCCAUUCCCCACUCCUCCCCAAACCAAACCCUCGCCGUCGGCCCCCUCCCCCUCCACCGGCGGCCAUGGACGAACCGCAGGUCAUCAUCGGCACCUCCAGGAGCGAUAUGCUCGCCAGCAUUGAGCGCAACGGCCGACACCCUGACACGCUGGAUCUCGGCUCCAACAUGAUGCUCUACAUGGUGUACCGCUACCUCCCGGCCCCGCCCGUCUCCCCCACCGCCACCCUCUCGCUCGCCGGCGCGUCCUGGGUCCCCGAAGGCGUCGACCGCAUCAGCCGCCUCCCGGAUGCGCUCCUCCGCGACAUCAUCUCCCGCCUCCCCGCCAAGGACGCCGCGCGCACCGCCACCUUGGCCUCGCGCUGGCGCCCGCUCUGGCGUUCGGCGCCCCUUUCCCUUGUCGACAGCCAUCUGCUUCCGGACGGCGGCACGUCCGGCCCGUUCAUCAUCGGCGCUCCCUCUCCCCGCGCCGUCACCGCCGCGGUGUCCAGCGCCCUCGCGGCGCACCCGGGGCCUUUCCGCUGCGUCCACCUCACCUGCAGCACCAUGGACGAGCACCGAGGCGAGAUGGCCCGCUGGAUCGACACCCUCGUCGCAAAGGGGGUCAAAGAUCUCAUCUUUGUCAACCGUCCUUGGCCGAUUGACCUGCGCCUCCCCGCCACGCUCUUCAGCUGCGCCUCCCUCACCCGCCUCUACCUCGGCGUCUGGAGGCUCCCGGACACCGCCGCCGUGCCGCGCGGUGUCAGCUUCCCCAACCUCCGGGAGCUCGGCCUAUGCUGGAAUGUCAUGGAGGACCGUGACCUCGCCUUCAUGCUUGAAAGAAGCCCCGUCCUGGAGUUCCUGGUCAUCAUG